CUCUUAUCCAUCACAAAUCUCCGAGGAUACAAAAAAUGGAGAAUGAGGGGAAAGAUAACGGCGAAUUUAGCUUUGUGAGUGAUGGAGGAGCGGAGACAGGACGGAGAGGACUGCCGAAGAUUCACACGGAGAAAAACGCGCCGACGACGGAGAGAGAUAUAUGUCAUGAUGAUAGUACGACACCGAUGAGAGCUCGGACGUUGGAGCAUCUUCAUUCACUGCAGAAAAAGCGAUCGACGCCGACCACUCCAUUGACGGACAGUCAGGGAGUUUUUUCCCCUGUUUCUGAAGCCGAACGUCAAAAGCAGCAGCUUAUCUCAAUCAGUGCUUCAUUGGCGUCGCUGACAAGAGAAACUGGGCCGAAGUUAGUGAAAGGCGAUCCAGAGAAAAAGAAGGAGGCCCACAAAGCAUCAGUAUUGGACCAUCUUCAUUUUGGAGAGCCCAUAUUGAACUUGAGUGACAGCGCCCUCAAGUCCACCCACAUCCUCUACAAUCUCUCUCCCGCCGAGCUUUACGAGCAAGCGAUCAAGUACGAGAAAGGGUCAUUCAUAACGUCGACAGGGGCUUUGGCCACUCUUUCAGGAGCCAAAACGGGAAGAUCGCCUAGAGACAAAAGAGUUGUUAAAGAUGACACCACUGAAAAGGAGCUUUGGUGGGGCAAGGGAUCACCUAAUAUUGAGAUGGAUGAACAUACUUUCUUAAUCAAUAGAGAGAGAGCUGUCGAUUACCUGAACUCCCUUGAUAAGGUAUUUGUGAAUGAUCAGUUCUUGAACUGGGAUCCCGAAAACCGAAUCAAAGUCCGAAUCGUUUCAGCCCGAGCCUAUCAUUCCUUGUUCAUGCACAACAUGUGCAUUCGACCAACUGCUGGAGAGCUGGAGGACUUUGGGACUCCGGAUUUCACAAUAUACAAUGCUGGGCAGUUUCCUUGUAAUCGUUACACUCACUAUAUGACUUCUUCCACCAGUAUAGAUAUGAAUCUUGAUAGGAAGGAAAUGGUCAUUCUUGGUACUCAAUAUGCUGGCGAAAUGAAGAAAGGCCUCUUUAGUUUAAUGCAUUAUCUCAUGCCGAUGCGCCAGAUUUUGUCUCUUCAUUCUGGUUGCAACAUGGGCAAAAAUGGAGACGUCGCCCUUUUCUUUGGAUUAUCAGGUACUGGGAAGACCACGUUGUCUACAGAUCAUAAUAGGUACUUAAUAGGGGAUGAUGAACACUGCUGGAGCGAUAAUGGUGUAUCGAACAUUGAAGGCGGUUGCUAUGCCAAAUGCAUCGACUUGUCGAGGGAAAAGGAGCCUGACAUUUGGAAUGCUAUCAAGUUCGGGACUGUUCUUGAGAAUGUGGUGUUUGAUGAGCACACUAGAGAAGUUGAUUACUCUGAAAAAUCCGUUACAGAGAACACUCGAGCGGCGUAUCCCAUUGAAUACAUUCCUAAUGCUAAAAUCCCCUGCGUUGGCCCUCAUCCAAAGAAUGUAAUUCUUCUUGCUUGUGAUGCAUUUGGAGUUCUCCCACCAGUGAGCAAGCUGAGCUUGCCUCAGACUAUGUACCAUUUUAUCAGUGGCUACACUGCUUUGGUGGCUGGAACUGAGGAGGGUGUGAAAGAGCCACAGGCAACAUUCUCUGCUUGUUUUGGAGCAGCAUUCAUAAUGUUGCAUCCAUCCAGAUAUGCAGCAAUGCUAGCUGAGAAGAUGAAAAAACACGGUGCCACGGGAUGGCUCGUAAACACCGGUUGGUCAGGAGGAAGCUAUGGAAGUGGUAACAGGAUCAAGUUAGCCUACACAAGGAAGAUUAUCGAUGCAAUCCACUCAGGAGCGCUUUUGGAAGCAAACUACAGCAAGACUCGGGUGUUUGGCCUUGAGAUUCCUGAUGCUAUUGAGGGAGUUCCUUCACAUAUCUUGGAUCCAAUAAACACGUGGUCAGACAAAGAUGGCUAUCAUGAGACAUUGCUGAAGUUGGGUGGUCUGUUUAAGAAGAACUAUGAAGGAAUUCAUACUUACCAAGUGGAGAGGGACAGUGAAUUGGCUGAGGAGAUUCUUGCAGCUGGGCCUACCUUGUAAUAAAAUGGUUAAUGGAGGAGCAUUUCAUGAAUUUGGAUGAAGAAUGAUAUCAUGAAAUGGCUGGCGUUGGUUAUAUUUUACAGAUGAAUGUGUGAAAGCUUCGAAGUUGAGAGUUUUUGCGGAUAAACAAGAUAUUGCAUAGUCCAUAGUUUUUUUCUCCUGUGAUUUAUGUUGUAAAAUCAUAACGUUUAUAUUUGUGAUUUGGGCUUUCAAGGCCUGAACAAAGUAUGGUCUUUUAAAUUGUAAUUUUAUAGCAGAAUCUGCUAUUCACAAUCUAUACAUGAAUAAUAUGUCAAGUUGACCUUUAAGAGCAUUAUGUUUCUUCCAAUCAAUCAAAUAUUACUUCUUAUUUUAGAUUCU